CAGAAACAGCUUUUAGGACACCUGACACUACUGCGGACCCAUUCAUUAUGAGAAACCGACGGGAAGUAGUAGAUAUUACAUGUUGCAAGCGAACUCAAGCGACGGCAUCUUUCCUAUCUUCGCGGCCCUGCAAGUCUGCGAAUGGUACAACCUUCAUGACGUGCUUGGAAAAGAUGCGGCCUUCCUCGGCCAUCAUCGUUUGAGUCCCCAAUUUUUUUAAGGUCCUCCGAGUCCUACCUCCAUAUAAACUGGCCCAUCUCUAGCGCCCUACUAUCAUAUACAUGGCCAUUGGCACCUCACAUGCCCAUGCAUCUUCUUCCAUCACCAUGAACGAUAGCCCACAUACGAACAUCGAUGUCGAGCUGCUUUCAUUACCAAAAUGUAGGCGACUUCCCAACGAGGUCAUUUCGCCCUUGGCAUAUACAAAUGACAUCGUGAACUUUGAUCACUGGGAUCAUAUGUUCAUAACAAACUGUUGCAGGAGCUUAACUCUUCAUGAGUUUGACGGACCUCCAUCUACGAUCCUUGAUCUCGGAUGUGGGCGCGGUCUUUGGGCCAUCGAAGCCGCCAAGCAUUGGCAGGGCAGCACAGUUGUUGGCUUCGACAUCGAACAUACGCAACCACGCUCUAAUGUGCUCGAAAAGUCUGUUUCACGUCGGCUAAAAUGGGUUCAAGGCAAUCUACUAGAACAGCUACCGUUUUUGACCGGCCAAUUUGACUUCGUGAGGAUGGUUCGAAUGGGUUUACACAUCCCAGAAGAUGAGUGGCCAUCAGUUCUGGCGGAGAUCGCCCGCAUCCUCAAACCUCACGGUGUACUCGAGGUUAUUGAAGAAGACCUAUUAUUUCCCUGCCAAUCUACACGAUCACACGAUGUGACACCCAGCAGUGGAAUCUCUUCUGGUAGCUCCACCCAGGGCUCGAAUACGGUUGUGACCACAGCCUCUUAUCAGAAAUCUGAAUCGUCCUUGAAAGCCAAAAAUAACACAAAUACCAGCCUAGAUACAUCUUCUGGAACUUCUUCAACCUCACUACAGACUUCCGCGCUGGAUGCCAAACUUAGGCAUCCAAAACCUCCAGAUCCUCAAGAUCACUCACGGCUUCAGCGCGCGUGGGAGGAAAUGCUAGACAACUAUUUCUUGUCACCGCAACCACUUUCCGUCUUGCCGUUGUAUCUCUCGUUAUCAUUCUCCAGUAUUCGGUCGCAUCCCCCCCUGCAAAUUCCCUUGCCACGCAACUCCUCGGACAGACGGCAGCUCACGACUCAACAUUCGACACCGACUAUACAGCUUGAUUCUGCGACUCUUUUCGAGCUUCGACCCUUGUCAGCCCAACCGUCGUCUGAAGCCGAUUACAGCGCCCGUGCUUCUGUGAUGACGGCAGGGGGUUCUCAGCGGAACAUGUCGUCGUGGGCAUGCAUGCACCUAGCUCGGACCGUGCGGACAAUCGUGGGUUGUAAAGAGUCGAUCUGGAGUGCCUACGAAAGACUGUAUGGCGAAGACCCUACGCCUUUAGUCGUCCGAACAACACAACAGAAGUCCACCUCAGCUUGGUCCGACCUCCGCCCAUCGCCCACCAAUCCGCUUCGCGAUUACUUUGAACGUGAUUGGAUCAAUUGGGAAAACGAUAUGGCGGAUCGCACCAGCUUACGGGGACGCAUGCGAGCGGAAUUGAUGUGGAGCGAGCCCAUCGGUAAACCUCCAGAUUGGCGCCUCUGGCGUAAUUCUCUGCCGCAGGAAGAUACAUGUUCUUCUCAGGAUGAAUCGGCGGAAUAUUGCCGGAGCCUUCGUGGCUUUGUAUGUUUUAAAUCAUGAGUCAUGACACACGAUGUCAUAUAUAUACCCCUUCAUCAUACACAAUCUCGCAUAUGUUUCAAUAAAUGGAUUGAUGAUAUCAGGCAUUUUCGACUCGCCCAUGACUCCUGUAUACUAGAGCGAUAUAUCAUAUAGGGUCUUUUACAUUUAAACCAGUAUUGUUAAGCGAUCGGAGCCGCCCGGGGCUCUAUUUCAUC